CACUUUGUGACAGAGGAAACGAGGUAACACCCUGUACCAUUUGUUGCUUUAUUUUUAACAUUUUAUCGUUUUUUACUGCACUCAAUCAUUGUGCAAUUAUUUUCAUUGUAUAUUCGACGGAUUUUAUUCAAGUAGUGACACAAAAUGCAGCUUCACAUUAGAGGACAAGAGUCGCAUUUAAUCGAGUGCCAGGAUCAUGAAACGGUGGCACAAAUCAAGGCAAGACUAACAGCAUUUCAAGAUGUUGAUUUUCAACUGUACUGUGCGGGUGCUCCAUUGAGCGAUGAAGUCCGUGUUAGUGAACUUCCUUCAAAUACCUUAGACUUGUCAGUAGCUCUCCUCGGAGGUAAGGUUCACGGAUCCUUAGCUCGUGCUGGUAAAGUAAAGGGACAAACACCGAAAGUUGAAAAACAAGAGAAAAGUAAGAAAAAAACUGGACGUGCUAAGAGACGAAUCCAGUACAACCGUAGGUUUGUCAACGUGGUCCAAACAUACGGCCGCAGACGUGGCCCAAAUGCUAAUCCUAAUCCUUAAGCAUAUUUUCCUUUGUAUUUUAUGCAUUACGUAUUUUUAAUACCAUGUAAAAUAUAAAAAUGAUAAUACAAAUUAUGUUCUGCUUAAUUUGAUUGUUUAUCUUUUACAUAACAUCAUGUCAUUUUUUAAUAAGGUAAUAAAAAAAUAAACAAAUUUGGAACAGA